AUGAGCCACCCGUUCGGGCCCCGGCCGGCCGCGCUGGCCGCCGCGCCCCUGCUCUACCUGUACGGCCCCGAGCGGGCCGCGCUGCCCCUGGCCUUCGCCCGCGCCGAGCCCCCGCAGAAGCCGCCCUACAGCUACAUCGCGCUCAUCGCCAUGGCCAUCCAGCACGCGCCCGGGCAGAGGGUCACGCUGAGCGGCAUCUACCGCUUCAUCAUGGAGCGCUUCCCCUUCUACCGCGAGAACCGGCAGGGCUGGCAGAACAGCAUCCGCCACAACCUCUCGCUCAACGAGUGCUUCGUCAAGGUGCCGCGCGAGAAGGGCCGGCCGGGCAAGGGCAGCUACUGGACGCUGGACCCGCGCUGCGCCGACUUGUUCGAGAACGGCAACUACCGGCGCCGCAUGCGGAGGCCCAGGCCGGGCCGCGCCGAGCCGCAGCCGGGGAGCGCGCGGGGCGCUGGGGCACAGCCGGAGCCCGAGCCGGCCCGCGCCGCGCGGCUCCCCGGGCCCGCGCGCCCCCGGACCCGCCCGGAAGGCCCCCGGAGCCCGACGCCCCUCCUCGGGUCGGACCCGGAGCCCCGCGCGGGGGCUGCGGCUGGGGAGGUCCGCGCACCGGCGCGUCCCGUGUCCCCUCUGCGCCCCGACUCCCGCAGCUCCCCCAAGACCUGCGACAAGUCCACGAGCUUCAGCAUCGACAGCAUCCUGUCCGGGAGGCAGGGCCAGAAGCCGACCGGCCCCG